GAUGGUGAACCCUGAAGACGUGGCGGUCGCGCUCGAGAUGGAGGACUUCCUUUUCCGCCCAGUCGACCAGGUCGCCCACGUGCAGAACCUGCUCGACGUGGUGACGUCGUGGUCGGGUAGCAUCGACGAACAGGAGGUCAAGACUACCUUCGAGAGUGGUGGGCCACAGGCAAUGGCGGGCUUGCCGGACGUGCUGAAGAUUCCCCAGGGAGCGCCUGCGAGUGUGAAGGCGCAGUUCGUCGUCCAGCGAGCCGGCGCGGGGCGGUACAACGCGCUGCGCCAUUUCAUCUUCAAGCACGGUAGCAACCUGAAGCGUGCACGGAAGAACUUCAACGCGAUGCUCGACCGCCUGCCUGGAUUCCACGUUCGCCGUUUCAGUGUGACCCGCAAGGAGCAUCCGAAAGAUCAGCAUGGGAAGGGGUGGGACCCGACGCCAGAAAAGAUCCGCGACGGCUUCGCAUACAUCCGCGAGCACUACCAUGAGAUUGCCGGCUCGAGUGCGAUCGAAGCUCAGGAGUGGGUGCUGCUGCAGACUAAGGUCCGGUCAAGCGCCUGCUAUGGGUGGCCGACUAGCCAGAUCGAGAAGGCGUUGGUGAACAUGGACAAGGCAUCUGCCUCGGCCGAUGUAGACACUUUCUUCCCGCUGACGUCGUACGACCUGCACCCUGUCAUCCAGGAUCUGCUGCUGCCAUUGAUCUAUGCCUUCGCCCCGCUCUCUGGCACCAUGGUCCUUGGUGCUCCCGGAGUGGGGGAGACCCCCCUGUGCCAGAUCGCAGCCAUGGCCUGGGGUCGAUACGCGACGCGGAGCAAGGGCAUCGACAAAAAGCCUGGCUACCGGCGCGGCAAACAGAUGGAUGUGUUCCGUGACAAAGCGACUCCUGUCUAUGAGGGUAUACUGCUCGACGAUCCGUCUCUGGGCCGCAUCGAUGUCGAGGACCUGAAGGCCUUCGGCACCAUCCACGCACUCUUCAUGAAGAUGCUCGAGAAGCCCUUCGGCUACCUGAGCCAAUCGCACAGGCUCGCCCUCACCAAGCGGUUCGCGCUGGUGGUCGUCGGCCGGCGCGCUCUGUAUGUGCGAGCGCCCAGCUCCGACGACGCUGCCCAAAUCUUGAAGUUCACCCAGGGCGACGUCGCGUCCGAUCUCUUGCUGCCUGGCAACAAGGGCGUCCUGGCCGGGUUCUACCAGGGCAUGGGCCAUGAGGACUGCGUGCGCCCAGACUAUGCGCUGCACGUCGAAAACGAGUACAAUUUCGUAUGCGAGGUGCAGGAGGCGGUGCGGCAGAAGACCUCAGAGGAAAUCGCCUCGUGGUGGGCGAAUCGCACGGCCGACCUUCUAUCGUCAGCCAGCGCCGCGCCAACUGCACCUUCGAUUCACCGCGUUCCCGCGACUGCCGGCACGCCGGCGUCCGACUCCGGCGGCGUGCGCGCGCGGGCGGAUGCUGACGGCCAGCAUCGCUUCCGCCUGCCGUUGGAUCCGGCCGACGCACUUGAUGGCUCUAGACCGAAGAGGGAUCCCGGCAGCGCCGCUACGGGGCAUGCAUCGGACAUCGCCAGCGGCGCCAGCGAGGCCGAGGGCGAGCCGCCCGCCCGCCUCCCGCGGGGGGCCCGCCUGUACGACAGACCACUCGGCUCCGCCCUGUCGAUGCAGGUCCGCCCCGAGAAUGUGCUGCAAUGCCCAGACUGCUGCCUCCUGGAUGCCCUCAACGCCAUUGGCGUUCCCGUGCCCUACGAUCGCCCGGGCCCCUACACUCUGGGCGAGGCAGAGGCAAUGAUCAGCCUCUUCGGUUUGUCGUUUCUCCGCUCGCGACCCCGGUCGGCCAGGGGCUCCCAGACCGGGCGCUACGUCAUCGUUUACGAUGCCGCGCCCGAGCACCCAGGGCACGCCGUCGGCGGCAUUGUUGAGAAAGGCCGCGUGCAUUUCAUUGACGGCCUGCGAGAGCAGAUCAGCGUGGGCCAUUCCGCCUGGCACCUGCUGCCCGACGGCACGCCUUCGGAGAGUUGUGAGUGGUACCAGGUGGUCUGCUUCAUCGCGUGA